GGAAAUCGUUCGACACCCCAGACGCGUGGACAGGCCUGGCACGGCGAAAAGUGCUAGUGCGAAAUGUAGGAGAGUAGGAUCGAGACUGAUCGAGAGUAGGAGUAUGGAAAAAGCAACGAGUGAAACAAGUCGAUAAAAGGACAAGAAAUUUUUAGAACCUGCGGAAGCGGUUAUCAACGAAAUCUUGUCUACAAAAUUCUAAAAAUUUCUUCGCUGAGGAAAUAAUAAACUACACGUAUUACUACACGAGGUUAGGAUGGAUGGAAAGAAGAAGUGCCAGCAAUGCAACCGACCGGAGGAAAGCGACGCCACGAUGGCACAAUGCUGCCUUUGUACGAAGAUGGAACAUAUGGAGUGUGCAGGACUGAAUUCAGCCGAUUUCAACGAUCCUACAUUUCGGUAUGUAUGUACAAAGUGCAAGGUAAGGCAGGAAACCACGGCCGCAAAGUUCCGCGAAGAUCGGGAAGCUGCUGGAUUAAAACCUUCAACGAGGAGCAGGAAAGUGUCAACGACCUCGACGGCGAAACGUAGUGACAAAAUAGCGCCAGCUAGUGUAGUGUCCACUUGCCUCUCAGUAAACGUCGAGGAGCAGAUACAAAUACUAGAGGAAGAGAAACGUUUGAGAGUGCGUGAGAUCGAGGAGAAAAGAGAACUCAAACGCAAAGAGAAUGCAGAAUUGGCACGCCAACUAGAAGAGAAAAAAAGGCUAGCCAAAGAAGAAAGUAUCCUUCGGGAGAGAGAGCUGAAAGCCGAAGAGGAGAUGAAAGCAUUAGAACAAAGUGUGCGCCGCGAGGCGCUAGAGAAGAGACGCGAAUUGAUGCUGCAACUCUCACGCGCAAGCCACAUGGGUUCAGAGAGUAGCUACAGUGAAAAGGUAGUGUGCUGGCUCAACACGAGCAAAGGAAUGACUAGAGGAAACCCAGUCACAAAUAAGGACAUCCCCUCUAGCUCCAGCUCAUUGGCGUCACAGCUUAAACCCAUUGCGACAUCAAGCGCGUCGAAAAGAGGGAGUGAGAAAAAGGUAGUUUGCUGGCUCAAUACGAGCAAAGGAAUGACUAGAGGAAUCCCAGUAACAAGUAAGGACAUCCCCUCUAGCUCCAGCUCAUUGGCGUCACAGCUUAAACCCAUUGCGACAUCAAGCGCGUCGAAAAGAGAGAGAGAGAAAAUAGAAGUGCACGUGUUUAGAGAUGCGAGUGAAGCAGCUUACGCUCCUGUGGCAUAUUUUCGUCUAGAAGCCGACAGCAAGAUCCACGUAGGACUCAUCGGCGCUAAGACUAAAGUUGCUCCGUUGAAGACGGUAUCCAUCCCCAAAUUGGAGUUGAAGGCUGCACUCCUAGGUUGUCGCAUGCUCACCAAAAUAAAAGAAUACCAUUCCUUUCCGAUAAAUCAACAAUAUAUGUGGAGCGAUGCAGGAGUUUGUCUGUCUUGGAUUCGAUCGACAAACCAUCGUCGCUAUCAACAAUUCGUGUCAGUGCGAGUGGGCGAAAUCUUGACAACAACAGAUCCUAAAGACUGGCGAUGGGUUCCAUCUAAGCUCAACGUGGCCGACCUAGCAACAAAAUGGAAUGAUGGACCAGACCUGAGCAUGGAAAACCCGUGGUUCCAUGGGCCUGCUUUCUUGCAUGAGCCCAAAGACUGUUGGCCGACAAAACGUACCUUUCCGGAUACGAACGAGGAAAUCCGUGCUAGUCACUUACAUGUUGGAUCAACAGUGCAAAUCAUAGAUGUUACUCGGUUUAGUAUCUGGCGCAAACUACAUCGUUCCACUGCAUACAUCGUUCGGUAUUUGGACAACCUGCUAAGGAAAAAAGCAGGGAAAACACUUGAGCUGGAAGGGCUUAAGCAAGAUGAGUUUCAAAGGGCAGAGCAAAUAUUAUGGAAGAUUGCGCAACGUGAAGCUUUCCCAGAUGAAACCGCAAAAUUGUCCAAAACCCAGGGCACACCAGAGAGACGGCACAACACCGUUAGCAAAGCCAGUCCCAUCUACAAAAAGUGGCCAUUUAUGGACGACAAUGGAAUAAUAAGGACGCGUGGGCGAAUUGGUGCAUCUUUUUACGCGACAAAUGAAGCUAAGUACCCUGCAAUACUCCCCAAGAAUAAUCAGAUAACUUCCCUCAUCGUAGGUUGGUACCACUACAACUAUCGCCAUGCGAAUAGAGAGACUAUAGUUAACGAAAUCCGUCAACGUUUCGACAUCGCCAACCUGAGAGCCGUAGUAGAAAAGGUAGCCAGAAACUGCCCAGUCUGUAGGAUAACGAAAGCAACAGCAAGACCACCACCAAUGGCCCCACUUCCUGAAAUGCGUCUAGCAACCUUUGUUAGACCAUUUACGUACACCGGACUGGACUACUUUGGGCCGGUUCUAGUAAAAGUAGGCAGGGCAAAUGUAAAAAGAUGGGUAGCGCUCUUCACGUGCCUGACAAUAAGGGCAAUACAUCUCGAAGUAGUACACACCCUAAGCACUGACUCGUGUAUCAUGGCAGUAAAGCGUUUCAUCGCACGCAGAGGUACACCCUUGGAAUUCUGGACCGACAAUUUUACGUGUUUCCAAGGAGCGAGUAACGAACUGAAGGCAGAAAUGAGACAAAGACAUGACGCUCUCGCGCUUGCUUUUACAACUUCUCACACUAGCUGGAAAUUCAUACCCGCGGCAACACCACACAUGGGAGGUGCAUGGGAACGGAUGGUCCGGUCAGUAAAAACAGCGAUUGGUACUAUAGCAGAAGCUAACCGGAAACCAGAUGACGAAACUCUCGAGACAGUGAUGCUGGAAGCAGAAUCGAUGAUCAACUCAAGGCCCCUCACGUAUAUCCCGCUAGAGUCAGCCGAUGAGGAGUCGUUGAAUCCUAAUCACUUCCUGCUGGGGAACUCGGACGGCACUAGACACUUCCUAUCAUCGCCAGUGGAACAGCGCGCUACACUUCGAAGCAGCUGGAAGCUUGCACAACACAUUAAGGAACAAUUCUGGAGAAGGUGGCUCAAAGAGUAUUUGCCCAUCAUCACUCGUAGGUGUAAAUGGUUCGAAGAAGUGAGAGAGUUGCGAGUGGGUGAUCUCGUGCUUGUGACUGGAGACUCACCAAGAGAUCAGUGGCCACGAGGUCUUAUAGAGGAAGUAUUUCCGGGGAAAGACGGGAGGAUAAGACAGGCUUUAGUGCGUACAUCGAACGGAUUGCAUAGACGAUCAGCAGCGAGGCUAGCUAUUGUGGACGUCGUGCAGAGCAGUGAACACAAAUCAGCAUUGAAACCGAUAGCGGUGUGAGUUCACGGGUGGGGGCAUGUUACGACGGAAAUCGUUCGACACCCCAGACGCGUGGACAGGCCUGGCACGGCGAAAAGUGCUAGUGCGAAAUGUAGGA